AUGUCCUCCUCUCUCACCAGGCGCCGCUCUGGCCCCGUCUUCCACACCAGUCACUCGGAGGAGAUUUCACAGCCGGCGCGGAGCAGAGAUAAGUGCUGCGCAGUUCCAGCUCCUCGGAGGUUAAAGCUGAAAGUCCUGAGUCCAAACAAACUGCUGGUGACGUGGAAGGAGCCGAAAGGAGACUUUGACAACUACCUGUUCUCCUACAGCACGUCAGAAGAAGAGGAGUUUGUGUCAGAGGAGGAGGUCAAGGAGGGAGAGGAGCAGGUAAAAGAGAGAGAGGAGCAUGUCAAAGAGAGAGAGGAGCAGGUCAAAGAGAGAGAGGAGCAGGUCAAAGAGAGAGAGGAGCAGGUCAAAGAGGGAGAGGAGCAGGUCAAAGAGAGAGAGGAGCAGGCAGAAGAAGAGGAGUUUGUGUCAGAGGAGGAGGUCAAGGAGGGAGAGGAGCAGGUAAAAGAGAGAGAGGAGCAUGUCAAAGAGAGAGAGGAGCAGGUCAAAGAGAGAGAGGAGCAGGUCAAAGAGAGAGAGGAGCAGGUCAAAGAGAGAGAGGAGCAGGUCAAAGAGAGAGAGGAGCAGGUCAAAGAGAGAGAGGAGCAGGUCAAAGAGGGAGAGGAGCAGGUCAAAGAGGGAGAGGAGCAGGUCAAAGAGAGAGAGGAGCAGGUCAAAGAGAGAGAGGAGCAGGUCAAAGAGAGAGAGGAGCAGGUCAAAGAGACAGAGGAGCAGGUCAAAGAGAGAGAGGAGCAGGUCAAAGAGAGAGAGGAGCAGGUCCAAGAGAGAGAGGAGCAGGUCAAAGAGAGAGAGGAGCAGGUAAAAGAGAGAGAGGAGCAGGUCAAAGAGAGAGAGGAGCAGGUCAAAGAGAGAGAGGAGCAGGUCAAAGAGACAGAGGAGCAGGUCAAAGAGGGAGAGGAGCAGGUCAAAGAGAGAGAGGAGCAGGUCAAAGAGAGAGAGGAGCAGGUCAAAGAGAGAGAGGAGCAGGGAGAGGAGCAGGUCAAAGAGAGAGAGGAGCAGGUCAAAGAGAGAGAGGAGCAGGUCAAAGAGGGAGAGGAGCAGGUCAAAGAGAGAGAGGAGCAGAGAACAUGGGCUGAGGGCUGGAUGAUGUUGUUGGAUUGUUUGGGAGACCUGAUAAAGUUGAACAGUGGUGUUUGUGAUAAGAGCAGACUGACAGGUGUGGUCUGUGACUGCGAGAGAAUCUGGACUCAACUGAACCUGCUCUGA